AUGUUUAUCUAUCUAUCUAUCUAUCUAUCUAUCUAUCUAUCUAUCUAUCUAUCUAUUAACAGACAUUCAUUUGUCUCUCUCCCUCUCUCUCUCUCUCUGCCGAGUGAACGUAAUGUAUCCUCAGUCAGUCCAUGUUUAUCUAUCUAUCUAUCUAUCUAUCUAUCUAUCUAUCUAUCUAUCUAUAACAGACAUUCAUUUGUCUCUCUCCCUCUCUCUCUCUCUCUGCCGAGUGAACGUAAUGUAUCCUCAGUCAGUCAUGUUUCCUAUCUUAUCUAUCUAUCUAUCUAUCUAUCUAUCUAUCUAUCUAGACAUUCAUUUUCAGUCCAUGUUUAUCUAUCUAUCUGCCUCUAUCUAUCUAUCUAUCUAUCUAUAACAGACAUUCAUUUGUCUCUCUCCUCUCUCUCUCUCUGCCCUGUAGACAUGUGUCCUCAGUCAUCCAUGUUUAUCUAUCUAUCUAUCUAUCUAUCUAUCUAUCUAUCUAUAACAGACAUUCAUUUGUCUCUCUCCCUCUCUCUCUCUCUGCCGAGUGAACGUAAUGUAUCCUCAGUCAGUCCAUGUUUAUCUAUCUAUCUAUCUAUCUAUCUAUCUAUCUAUCUAUCUAUCUCUCUCUCCUCAGACAUUCAUUUGUCUCUCUCUCUCUCUCUCUCUCUCUAUCCGAGUGAACAUAAUGUAUCCUCAGUCAGUCCAUGUUUAUCUAUCUAUCUAUCUAUCUAUCUAUCUAUCUAUCUAUCUAUCUAUAACAGACAUUCAUUUGUCUCUCUCCCUCUCUCUCUCUCUCUGCCGAGUGAACGUAAUGUAUCCUCAGUCAGUCCAUGUUUAUCUAUCUAUCUAUCUAUCUAUCUAUCUAUCUAUCUAUCUAUAACAGACAUUCAUUUUCCAUGUUUAUCUAUCUAUCUAUCUAUCUAUCUAUCUAUCUAUCUAUCUAUCUAUAACAGACAUUCAUUUGUCUCUCUCCCUCUCUCUCUCUCUCUCUGCCUAGUGAACGUAAUGUAUCCUCAGUCAGUCCAUCUAUCUAUCUAUCUAUCUAUCUAUCUAUCUAUCUAUCUAUCUAUCUAUAACAGACAUUCAUUUGUCUCUCUCCCUCUCUCUCUCUCUCUCUGCCUAGUGAACGUAAUGUAUCCUCAGUCAGUCCAUGUUUAUCUAUCUAUCUAUCUAUCUAUCUAUCUACCUAUCUAUCUAUCUAUCUAA